GCACAAACGAGGUCCUCUGUUCCAAUACCUAAGUAUGUAAAUGUAAAAGUAACUUAGAAAGUAGGAAAGACAUAAUGUUUGUAUUUCGAACCUUGUAUAUGUUACUAACACUUGAUUUGGUCUUAAAGGUCCAUGAAUGUCCACUGUCUCUGAUAAGACUAAGGAGCUCUUUGAGAAAUUGGAACGUGCUAAGCAAAGGGCAGAACUCACUUUUUCAGACCGCCCUCUUCUAGAAAGGAGGGAUUCUCAGGACUCUAACUAUUCAGGUUAUAACUCCUCAACUAGAUCAACCGAGGAGAUCAACAAACCUGACCAUUCUGAAGAAGGAGAAGAACAAGUCUUUGAAGAGGAGGAAGAGGAGGUCACUGAAGAGGACGUUGCGAAUACAGAAGAGGAAGAAGAGGAAGAGCACGCCCGUGUUGAGCAAGUACAAGCACCAAUGGCUGAGACUAUUAGGCAACUGUCUAAUCCUACAGGUGGGGGUGCUGCGCCCUUAUGCAUUGCCUAUCCAGAACCAGGAGAGGGGCUUAAUGAUGAUUUUGAGUUAAAGAGUGGGUUUCUGCAUCACCUACCCAAGUUUCAUGGGAUGAGUAGUGAAGACACCAAUAAGCAUCUCAAGGAGUUCGAGUUUGUCUGUGGGAGUAUGUGCCCUAAAGGAGCUGAUAUCAAUAUCUUGAAGAUGAAGGCAUUCCCCUUUACUUUGGAGGACAAGGCCAAGACUUGGCUAUUUGAGCUGCCUGCUGGGACUAUCAACACUUGGGAUAGGAUGAAGGGCGAGUUCCUUACGAAGUACUUUCCUGCCUCAAAGGUCACUGUUUUGAGGAAGCAGAUUAGUGGAAUCACGCAAGGACAUGAGGAGAAUUUCUGCAAUUAUUGGGACAGGUUUAAGAGCCUUGUAGCAUCAUGCCCUAACCAUGGGAUGAGUGAGGGGUCCCUCCUUACCUAUUUUUAUGAAGGACUCACCGCUAAUGAGCGUGGUCUGUUAGAUGCUGCUGCUGGAGGGUCCUUUAUGGAUAAGACACCUGCUGAUGCAAGGGAGCUACUUACUAAUCGUGCACUAAACUAUCAGCAAUAUGAGGGGGUGCUUUCCACUCAACGGAGGGUACAUGAGGUGUCCACUAACUCUGCUCUUGAAGACAAGGUCAACAAGAUGUCUACUCUGCUGUCUCAAGUCUUAAACGGUAAUGGAGGAGGAGCAAUGGCUCAAGUGUGUGGGAUGUGCUCGACUCAAGGGCACCCCACUGAUAAAUGUCCCCAGCUUGCCUCUCCAGAAGGAUGGGAAUCUGUUAACGCCCUAGGGUAUCAUGGAGGUCAAGGCGGCCCGAGGUACAACCCUUACUCCAAUACGUACAAUCCUGGGCUCAGAGAUCACCCCAACUUUCGUUGGGCCAACAAUGAUAACACCUUGAGACCACCUCAAGGCCCAGGUCAGAAUUCUCAGCGCCCACCAGGUUUGUUUUUGAGGCCUCAGGUACCUCAAACUUUUGGUAUUCCCAAUUCUGUCCCUCCACCUCCUGUUUCUAAUACUUUGAGUGCCCCUAAUUAUGAUGAACUGUUGAAGUCCCUUGCUGCGGGGCAACAACAACUUAACACGGCUACUCAAGCUUUGGUUGUAGGACAGGCGACCCAUUCAAAGGAUAUUGCAGAGCUCAAGAAUCAAAUGGGCCAAGUGGUGGAUUUCAUGGGUCGAAUUGCUGAAACAGGGAAGCUACCGAGCAACACAGUGCCUAACCCAAGGAAUGAGCACGCCCAAGCCAUCAUCACUAGGAGUGGACGCGUACUAGUUGACCCUCCCAGAGCCCACAAGAAGAUCCAAGCGGCCCAUAAUGAAGAAGAAGACGUUGUGGAGGUGUCUAAGGAGGAUGUUGAGAAGGACCUAGCUACAUCAAGGGUGGAAGUUAACGUGCCCCAAGCUGAGGCACCCAAAGGUACAAUUCCUAACUCUAGUGGUUUAAUUAAGACUAACCCAGUUGUUUCUAUACCUUUCCCAAGCAGGUUUGCCAAGACGAAGAAAGAUAAAUCUGAUCAAGAGAUCUUGGAAAUCUUCAAGAAGGUUCAAGUGAAUAUGCCCCUGAUUGAGUGCAUCAAACAAGUGCCUAAAUACGCCAAGUUCUUGAAGGAGCUUUGCACCACAAGGAGGCAGACAAGAUUGAAGGAGGUGGUGAAAAUGAGCGAGACGGUAUCAGCCGUUAUCCAGAGGAAACUACCCCCAAAGUUGAAGGACCCAGGGAGUUUUUCUGUUCCCUGUAUCAUUGGUGACACCAGGUUUGAAAAUGUGAUGUUAGACUUAGGGGCAUCCAUAAAUGUUAUGCCUUAUAAUUUGUAUGUGUCCCUAGGUCUAGGCCCUCUUAAAAGGGAUAAUGUUGUCAUUCAACUUGCUGAUAGGUCUAACAAAUACCCUCAAGGGUAUGUUGAGGAUGUUCUUGUGCAGGUAAACCAUCUGAUAUUCCCUGCGGAUUUCUACGUAUUGGACAUGGAGGAAUCACCCCUAAAUACCACUCCAUUACUUUUAGGGCGUCCCUUUAUGAGGACUGCAAGAACGAAGAUCGACGUGUACAAAGGGACUCUCACCAUGGAGUUUGAUGGUGAUGUUAUACGCUUCAACAUUCUUGAAGCCAUGAGGUACCCUGUUUCUGACUUGAAACCUUGCUUUGCUAUUGAUGUAGUUGAUUCACUCGCGCAGGUUUUCUCUGAAGUAAUGGUUGAGGAUGAAUUGGCUCUGACCCUAGAGGAGGUUGUCGGAUAUGAUGCAAAUGGGGAACCUAUCCCCAAGGUUGAGUGGGACGUUGAGGAGCCUAGAGUGAUCAAGACUGUGGCCUCACUGGAGGCUCAGCCUAUAAAGAGGUCAAUUUCCUAUUUGUCAAUUCCGGUUUCUACUAAUAAAAUGCUACGCUCUAUUGUUCAGGCACCCAAGUUGGAAUUGAAGGUACUCCCUGAGCAUUUGAAGUACGCGUACCUAGGAGAAAAGGAGACCCUCCCAGUGAUCAUAUCGUCAACGCUGGAGGUAGAGCAAGAAAGGAAGUUGGUGGACGUGUUGAAGAAGCACAAGACUGCCAUUGGUUGGACUCUAGCAGAUAUCAAGGGGAUCAGCCCAACCACGUGUGUCCACCGGAUCCUGUUAGAAGAUGGCGCCAAGCCCACAAGAGAAGCCCAAAGGCGUCUACAUCCGCCCAUGAUGAAGGUGGUCCAAGACGAGGUGAUCAAGUUGCUAGAUUGUGGGGUGAUCUACCCCAUUUCUGAUAGUAAGUGGGUCUCUCCAGUGCAAGUGGUGCCCAAGAAGUCUGGGGUGACAGUGGUACAGAACGAGGAUAAUGAGCUAGUGCCCCAGAGAUUAGUGACUGGUCAUAGGGUAUGUAUCGACUACCGGAAGCUGAAUGCCACAACGAGGAAGGAUCAUAUGCCCUUGCCUUUUAUUGACCAGAUGUUGGAGCGCUUAGCGGGCCAUUCCUACUAUUGCUUCUUGGACGGAUAUAGUGGGUACAACCAGAUCUGCAUAGCCCACGAGGAUCAGGAGAAGACGACCUUCACGUGCCCCUUUGGGACCUUUGCUUAUAGGCGCAUGCCCUUCGGCUUAUGCAACGCACCAGGUACUUUCCAAAGAUGUAUGCUUUCCAUUUUCUCAGAAUACAUUGAAAAUAUUAUUGAAGUCUUUAUGGACGACUUUAGUGUCUUCGGUAAAGAUUUUGAUACUUGUUUAGAGAAUCUAGGAUUGAUACUUGAGAGGUGUGUAGAAACUAACCUUGUGCUGAAUUGGGAGAAGUGUCACUUCAUGGUGACACAAGGGAUAGUGUUAGGACACAUAAUAUCUGCUAGGGGCAUUGAGGUAGAUAAGGCUAAGGUUGAUCUUGUACGUCACUUACCCUCCCCCACAACUGUGAGGGAGGUACGCUCUUUUCUUGGCCAUGCAGGAUUUUACAGGCGGUUCAUCAAAGACUUCUCCAAGGUGGCGAGACCUAUGUGUGCCCUAUUGCAAAAGGACGUGCCCUUUGUGUUCAAUGAGGAUUGCAAGAAGGCGUUUGAAAAGCUCAAGGAGUUGUUGACCACGGCCCCCAUUAUCUGUCCUCCGGAUUGGAGUCUACCCUUCGAGCUUAUGUGUGAUGCAUCAGACUAUGCUGUUGGAGCUGUGUUGGGCCAGAGGAAGGAUAAGAAGCCCUAUGCUAUUUACUAUGCUUCUCGGACCCUCAACGACGCCCAGCUCAACUACUCCACCACUGAAAAAGAACUCUUGGCUGUAGUCUUUGCUUUAGAUAAGUUUCGUUCUUAUUUAUUGCACUCUAAAGUAAUUGUUUACUCUGACCAUGCAGCCUUGAGAUAUCUGAUGAUCAAGAAGGAGGCCAAGCCCAGAUUGAUUAGAUGGAUCUUGCUGCUGCAGGAGUUUGACCUAGCGAUCAAGGACAAGAAGGGAAGCGAGAAUGUGGUGGCGGACCAUUUGAGCAGGAUAGUACAUGAGGAGGACAUCCAGCCCCUACAGGAAACUUUCCCAGAUGAGCAGCUCUUUGGGAUAGAGGUUAGUGUGCCCUGGUAUGCGGAUAUAGUUAACUAUUUAGUCACUAGGACAUUUCCUGACACACUUUCCAAAGCUAGUAAGGAUAAAUUGAAGAAAAUGGCUAGGCACUUUAUUUGGGAUGAGCCCUAUUUAUGGAAACAUUGUAGUGACCAAGUCAUUAGGAGAUGUGUCCCAGAGUCUGAGCAUAGGUCAAUUCUGUCAUUUUGCCAUAGUGAGGCUUGUGGAGGCCACUUUGGGCCUCGUAGAACGGCCUUGAAGGUCUUAGACUGUGGAUUUUAUUGGCCCACUAUCUUCAAGGAUGCAAACUUGUUUUGUAUUUCUUGUGAUAGAUGCCAACGGACUGGUAAUCUUGGCCCAAAAGAUCAAAUGCCCAUGAGCCCAAUAAUAACUGUAGAAAUUUUCGAUGUUUGGGGCAUUGACUUUAUGGGCCCAUUUCCUUCGUCUAAUGGCUGUUUAUAUAUACUAUUGGCUGUGGACUAUGUAUCAAAGUGGGUGGAAGCAAAAGCCACCAGGACUAACGAUUCAAAAGUGGUUGCAGGUUUCUUGAAAACUAACAUAUUUUCCAGGUUUGGUGUGCCACGUGUGCUGAUCAGUGAUGGAGGUUCUCAUUUUUGCAACCGGACAAUCGAGGCUUUGCUGAAGAAGUAUGGGGUAACCCAUAAGGUGUCCACGCCCUACCACCCUCAGACCAGUGGCCAAGCAGAGGUGUCCAACAGGGAGAUCAAGAGGAUACUCGAAAAGACAGUGGGCCCAACAAGGAAGGAUUGGAGCCAGAGAUUAGAUGAUGCAUUGUGGGCCUACAGAACAGCCUACAAGACGCCUAUUGGGAUGUCUCCCUUUAGGUUGGCCUACGGAAAGGCAUGCCACCUUCCAGUGGAGCUAGAGCACAAGGCUUGGUGGGCUGUCCAGAAGUUCAACAUGGAUUAUGAUGAAGCGGGCCUACAUAGGAAGCUACAGCUAAAUGAGCUUGAGGAGAUAAGGAAUGAGGCCUACGAUGCUUCAUGGAUCUACAAGGAGAAGACAAAGGCCUACCAUGACAAAAUGAUCCGCGGAAAAAGCUUCCAAGUGGGCCAGAAAGUUCUGUUAUUCCAUUCCAGACUUAAGCUAUUCCCUGGUAAACUUCGUUCUCGUUGGGUUGGCCCAUUUAUAGUUACAAAUGUGUUUGCUCAUGGUGCUGUAGAGAUCAAGAGUGAGAAGACGGGGAAGGAGUUCAAGGUAAAUGGGCAUCGUCUCAAGCCCUACUAUGAGUCCUUCGUGGGGCACACAUUGGAAGAGAUACCCCUCCAGGAGGCACCCCAUGACGUGUGAACAAGGAGAAGAGUCCCGGCUGAAGGACUAUAAAUAUUAAGCGCUGCAUGGGAGGCAACCCAUUUCAACAGAAGCUGUGGAGGAGCCAUCAACGAGAGUUUGACAUUUCUAUCACUUCACUUGCUUAGGUUGAAUUGUACUUGUGUCUUUGUUUGUUUGUUUGUUUAUUUUACCCUUCCCAUAUUUAGGGUCUA